AAAAAGCAAAUCAUAAAAUCCCGCUUCAGAAAUUCCUCAAUUCAGAAGAUGGAACGAGUGUUCUUCGUGGUUCCCCUUUCCUUGAACACAUGCUCCGCCGCUGAACAUCUCUAACCUAGAUCGACCGCCUUGCUCUGCCGCUCCAUCUCUAUUCCCUAGUCGUCUCUCUCCGUUCGGCCCUCUUCCCCUGCUUCACCCUCUUCCACCCUGCACAACCCUAGAUCGUAUACCACCCUCCGUGUAACUGUAAGUUUCUCUUCGUCUAUGUCUUUUUGUAUUACAUUGAUGUUUUCCUGAAUUUCAUGUAACCACCUUCAAGCUUCUUAUUUUGAAAACUAACUUCGUUUUCAUGUAAUUAAGGAGAUAAGUGAAAUUAUUGAAUCUUUGAUUACGUGAACUCUGGCCCAUCCUUUAGCGAUGGCAUCAGCUUCAGAAUCAGUCUCGUGCACCCAACCCAUAAUUAUCCUUCAGUUUUUCACAGGAUCAAAGAAUGAUUUGGAAGCGUAGUACCUCCCGUAAUCAAGCCUUAAACUGCUGAGUGUUAGUAAUCUCCAUUUCAUAUUGAUGUAUCGACCCCAUUCGUGCUAUCAACCCACACCGGAAAGAAAUCAGGGCAUUCCCAUAUUCCUGUUCCUGGAACUUGAUGAAGUGGGGAAUCAUGUUUACUCCAAUUAACAAGAUCGUCGGGUCUCUGAAUUCAUCCGGAUGAGAUAUGGAUUGCCGGCGUGCUUCACCCAUUCUUUGAGAUAUGGAUCGGAUAAGUCCUUUGGGACUGCCAAAUUCUUGACUUGGCGGUUUUCAGAGUCAAUUCCGGUGUAUAGCAUAAUAGGCUUGUUUCCGUGGAGGAUAGUGGCGGAGCCAGACCAGCAGCCAUUGAUGUCGAAGGGAAGAAGUGAGAAGAAGAAAUUGAGGAAAAGAAUGAACCAGCUUAUUUAUCAUGAGUUUAUUGCAAUACGGUUUGCAAGUGGUACUAUAAGUUUGAGCAAACAUAGAGAUCUUGUUAUCAUUUUGGAAGAGGCAAUUGUUCAUAAGUUGGAUAAACAAGAGGAGCAAAUAUGCCAAGGAAAUCUUCAUGUCAACUUUUGUGUUUCUUCCUGGACUAUUAUUUAGUUUGAUAGUUUAGUGUUUUGAGCAAUUACUAGCAUAAUGUUUAGACUUAUUAAGUCUUUUGGAAGAUAUUUUUGUUAUUGAUAUUGAGAAUAUUAUUGUAAG